CUGGUCAAUAUCGCCGGUGUCACCGGCCCCAUCGAGACGCCGGUGCAGGACAUCGACGUGGCGGACUUCGACUACGUCAUCACGGCCAACGAAAUCGGUACCUUCCUGCCCAUCAAGUAUGUGGUGCCGACCAUGAUCGCGCAGAGGAGCGGCAAGAUCGUCAACAUCGGCGGCACCUCGGGCCUGCGCGGCUACGCCAUGCGGACCGCCUACAGCGCGUCCAAAUGGGCGGUACGCGGGAUUACCCGCACGGUCGCGCUCGAGGUCGGCAAGUACAACGUCAACGUCAACGCCGUCUGCCCCGGCAUCGUCGAGACGCCGCGCAUGCAGAAGCUCUGCGAGGAGAAAGCCAGAGUGCGCGGCUGGACGAUCGACCAGGUGUACGACGAAUACGUUCAGGAGAUGUGCCUGAAGCGCGUGACCACGCCGGACGACGUGGCCAACGCCGUGUUGUUCAUGGCGAGCGAGGACAGCCGCCAGAUCACCGGCCAGGCCAUCACGGUCGACGGCGGCUGGGACGUGUGA